UGGCAAACCAUGAAAAAAGCGAGAGAGACGGACAAACUGACAAUAAACUAUUCGAACGUUCGUUUAACAUCUUCAGCGAGGAGUUUAUCAUGACAAAAAUUAUCAAAGGUCAAGAGAUUUAUGAUAUGACGAGAGUGAAAGACGAGUUCGAUAAAACCGUCGCACGGGUUGAAAAUUUAGACGCAUCAAGCUACAAAACGUUUCGCUUGAAAAGAAGAUUGAAAAAUACUUUUCCCCAGCUUGUGUUCCAUAGUCCCAAAGCGCGACGUCGGAGUGACAUUGUGUUCGCAGCAUGUUUAGAUAGAGGAAGGAUUGCAGAGACAUUUGUGUCGCAAGAACAGUCAUCGGAUAGUGAAGAGGAAAUACUAGAUAAUCAUAAAACCGAACGAACAGCAGUCCGUACUAAUGAAAGAUCGUCGUUGAAAGAAAUGUAUUUCGCUGCAUUAUCUCUAAGAGAAACCUUUCGUGAAUCCGCAGCACAAGAUUGGUACAAUACGUGGCCACCAGUUGCAGCUGAUAUCAACUUUACUAAUGUGAAAAAGCUUUGUUGCAGAGCGUCAUGUUAAUGUUGUUUAUGACAAUAUCGAUUUUGGGGAAGAAGCUAAAAAACAAACCCACGUCACGAAUGGCAUCAUUAUCCAACAGGUUACCUCAGAAAACAACGACGACGACAAUAUAGAGACAACAGUGAUAAAGAAAACCCAACGAUCGCUAAAGAUGCCUGACGUUACUCUAAAACCUUACAGCAUUGGAGUGAAAAAGACUGCUGCAUUUAACAUUCCUGAUGACAUCAGAGAUUACGGUGAAAAUGAGAAAACAAAUAUUUCACUUAAAUCGGAUCUAGCAUACGUACUUGUAAAAAUGUUUCAUCACUCCCAAGAAAGUCCCUUUCCCGGAUGGACUGGAUUCAAUACGAUGCUUAAUGAAACAGAAAUACCAAACGAAUCAAGAAUCGGUUAUCUCCCUGUCAUUGACAAUUCGCCCACUGAAUACUCAACUAUAAACGCAAUCCUCGAAAGUGGUGUUGACAUUGCAAAUGCCUUGCAACUAGAUCAUAUCGUAAUGGUAUUUGACGAAGCUGUAUACGCGAAGGUGCAACAAGUGAGGUGGAAAAACGAGAUGUUUUACAACAAACUGGUCGUGCGAUUAGGAGAGUUUCAUACAAUUAUGUCCUUUCUGUCGGCAAUAUCGAAGCUGUUUGAAGAUGCAGGGCUGAAGGUAAUGCAUGUUAAAAACUACUUUGGAAAAUUUACAAUACCAAAAAUAAAUAGUAU